CAUAUUUGGAAUCUUAUCAAUUACUUUAACUAAAUGUGGCAUAUUACAGCAUUCGAAAGGAGUUUAAAAGCUAAAUAUCUAAUAAAAUUUGCCUCUGUGCGUAUAUUUUGGUUCCCUACCUUAAAAAGUCAUCAUAGCUAUGUCAUAAUGCAUUACAAGCUAUUAAAAUUUCUUUACCAAGAAUGAAUGACCAAAUGGCUGAAUAGUAUUUAUUGGAUACAUAAAUUUUAGAAGAACAAAGUAAUGGCUGAGGACAGAGAAGUAUUACGAGAAAUAUGGGAUGGCCAAAUUCCAAUUUGCUUUCGUCUUGCAUCUGAAGAGAUUUAUACUAUAAAGCACCCUGAACCAUUUUAUCUAAUGGUACCACGCCUAACAUAUUUCCCACUGGUAACCGACAAAGUUCAAAAACAUUUCAGCAAUCAUGUAAAGGAUGAGACUGUUGGUGCAGAAAUGUGGAUAGAUUAUGAUAGUCAACCUUUAAAAUGGAAUUACCCUGUAGGAUUGCUAUUUGAUUUCUAUGGAGCUGAUGCUCAGCUGCCCUGGAAUGUCACAGUCCACUUUCAAGGUUUUCCAGAGGAUGAGUUGAUUCAUUGUACGAACAAGUUGGCCGUUCAGUCCCAUUUUAUGUCGACCGUCAAAGAAGCAAGUUCCCUGAAGCACAAGGCGCAGGUCGUUCAGAGCAUGUUGCCUAAAGAACAUAAGGAACUGUGGCAGGGAUUUGAGAAGGAUAAAUUCGAUCAGUUUUGGGGUGUGAACAAAAGAUUGAUGGAAAAUCAAGGAGAGCUCUACUUUAAACACAUUCCUUUCAGACUAUAUCAGCCUGGUGAGUCAUUAAUCCAGACAUUAGUCAAGCCUGUUCAUGAAACCGGAGAAGUUGUAACACUAAAAGAUUUGCUUGAAACAAUUGUGCCUGAAAAGGUUCAAGAGAUUGGUGCAAAUUACCAGUUGAUAACCCAUGGUAUACACCCACCACUUGACAUGAGUCUUCAAUGGAUGAGUGAACACAUGAGUUAUGCAGAUAACUUCCUUCACAUUGUACUCCUACCCAAAGACUAAAUUCUUUAUUUGUGAAAAGAAUCCUGUGUAUUUAUUACAGAAUGACGUGGUUUAAAAAUGCACAUUUUUUUUUUUAUAAUAAUGAAAUUUGUAAUUUUAUUUUGAAAAAGUCUUUGAGAUCUUUAUGAAUAUGUGAUUAAGACAGAAUACAUGAAUUAUUAUGAUUGAUUUUUUCUUUUAAUUUUUUGAUUUAAAAUAUUAUUUUUACGUUAAAAGACUAAAUAAAAAUUUUGACCAAAAGAAUAAAGAUAGCUACAACUUUU